CAGAAACAGCCAGCGAUUGAUCCAUCAUGCCAGGCAAGAGAGGAAAGAAGCCGCCCCGCUCGUGGUCCAUGUUCCCCGAUCUCCACGACCAAGUCGCCGACAAACUUGAGGAAGACCAGCUCGACUACACCUUCUUCGAAACAGACGAGGAUCUCGGCGCCAUCCGUACCUACGACACCAAUAUCAUCGGGCGGUUCGUAUGCCACAACAAUAAAUGUGACUCUCGCGGCUGGAAGAGCAUGGUCGUUGCCAUCACGAUCCGCGAGUACUCCCGCAACCGCUACAAUGUCCGCGUGUACCACCAGCGAUGCAUUGAAUGCAACCACCUGAGCAAGCCGAAGCUCAAAGAAGAGACCUAUGUCGACAGAGUCACAUACCGCAUCAAGAAGUGGAACGGAGUUGAGGUCGAGAAACCCAAGUACUCUGACAAGUCCAAGGCGCCUCACGAGGAAGAUCACUGCGAGGGAUGCAAGAACGGACACUGCAGGAGAGGAAAGCAGAACAACGAGGGCGACAUGUAUUUCGCUUGAGCUGGCGGUGACUUGGCGGUAGACGUUGGGUUUGGACAAGCAAGACAUCUACGAUAUGGCAUGUCCGACAAUACCUGUAGCUAAGAUCAAGUUUGCCAACUUCAAUUGAUCGGACC